AUGCUUUCAAUAGUGGCAAAUCUUACAAUUGUGAGAGAAUUUAUCCUCUUGGGGUUUCCUAACAGUGAAAAUGUGUCCAUCCUGCAUUCUGUUUUCUUCUCUUUGAUUUACUCCUGUGCCCUCAUGGGGAAUGUUCUCAUCAUUAUCAUCACAACUGUGGACCAGCAUCUCCACUCCCCCAUGUACUUCUUCUUGAAGAAUCUCUCCUUCCUGGAUCUCUGCCUGAUCUCAGUCACAGUUCCCAAAUCCAUUGCCAACUCUUUGACUCAUAACAGCUCUAUCUCACUCUGUGGCUGUGUAGUCCAAGUAUUUCUACUGAUUUUUUCUUUAGCCACAGAGUUGCACCUGCUCACAGUGAUGAGCUUUGACCGCUAUGCAGCCAUCUGCCAUCCCCUGCACUAUGAAGUCAUCAUGAACAGGAACAUGUGUGUGCAGUUGACAGCUAUGUCUUGGCUGGGUGGGUGUCUGAUUGCAGUGAUGCACACGGCUGGCACUUUCUCCUUAUCCUACUGUGAGUCCAAUGUGGUCCACCAGUUCUUCUGUGAUAUUCCCCAGCUGUUGGCUAUUUCCUGCUCAGAAAGUUUAAUAGCAGAACUUGUUCCCAUUUUCAUUAGUGUGCUAGUGGAUAUGUGCUGUUUUAUUUUUAUUGUCAUUUCCUAUCUUUAUAUAUUUUGCACUGUCAAGAAGAUUUCAUCAACAGAAGGCCAAUUGAAAGCCUACUACACUUGUGUUCCCCACCUAGUGGUGGUACUAUUAUUUGUCUCCACUGGUUUCUUUGCUUAUCUAAAGCCAACUUCUGACUCUCCUUCCAUUUCAGACCUUAUAAUUUCUAUGUUCUACACUAUGGUUCCCCCCACCUUUAAUCCUAUUAUCUACAGUUUAAGAAACCAUGCCAUGAAGAUGGCAGUUGGAAUAUUAUUAAAGUGGAUAUUCACCAAGUAA